AUGUCGAAUGUAUUUUAUUACUUAGCGAUUAACCAUUGAUAAAUAAAAUGUAGAAAAUAUUUAUAGAACAAAGAUUAUAGAACACGAUGUCUACCGAGUUGCAUGCUACCAAAGAAUUAAUAAAUUAUAUGUACAUGAUCGUGCAACGAUACCCAUCGACAGAAAGAUUUUGACGUAACGAAACGCGUGUUGCUUCAGUACGAUACCAACCUUUCAUCGUUUGCGUUCAAUGAUAUUUCAAAAAGAAAGAGAGAGAGAGAGAGAGAGAAACGUAAUCGUUCUUAAAAAAAUAAAAAACAAAAAAAAAUAUUCGAAAAAACAUGCGUAAAUCAUUGAAAGGAUGUUGCACCGUGAUUACAUUUUUGUGUGCCGUCAUUAUGAUAACUAUUGGUAUAGUAAUGAUGAAUAAUCAAACGUUGUUGACGUAUCUAUUAAAAAGAAUACGUUCGGAAAAAAAAUUAAUAGACAAUACGAUAAUUUAUAAUAUUUGGUCGAUGCCUCUGAAUUUUACCUUAAAUAUCUACUUGUUCCAUGUUGAAAAUCCGGAUGAUGUUUUAAAUGGAGAAUUACCGAAGCUUACGGAACGUGGUCCUUACGUUUACGACGUAAUCUUUGAAAAAGAUAUACUGAGCGUAAACGAUAUACGAGAUGAAAUAAUUUACAAUAUCAAAAAGACAUAUUAUUUCAACGAAGAGAAAACUGGUGAACUUUUGGAGGACGAUGAAGUUGUCCUUUUAAAUAUGGCCUAUCUUGGUGCGAUAAACACGCUCGCGGGUUUUUCGCCUAACUUGCUCCAACAAUAUGGCGAUUAUAUAAGGAUGUUAUUCCCCCAAGAGAAUGCUCUUUUUGUCAAAGCAAAAGUUAAAGAUAUAAUGUUCAAUGGUGUACCUUUUAUAUGCGAUAUUAAAAAACAUAAAAAAAUGAAAUUAAUCUGCAUGACGUUAAAGGGAAGAAAACCACCGAUUUUAUGGAACACUGAAAUUGAAAAUAAUUACAUGUACAGCCUCUUUGGCACGAUGAAUGGAACCUGGGUUGGUCCAAUCAGUAUUAACAGAGGUGUAGAAAAUGAAACAAAAUUAGGCAAUAUAAUGUCGGUAUAUAAUAAACGAAAGAAUAAAUAUUGGACAACCGAAGAAUGUAAUAUUAUUAAAGGAUUAGAUGGUAUAAUUUUUCCUUAUUAUAAGGAACCACCACAGCGUAUUUAUCUUUACGGUAUCGAAAUUUGUCGAGCUACAUUUAUGGAAUUCAAGGGAGUUGAAAAGGUCAAUCAAUUCGAGGCAUGGCAAUACGUACACACAAGCGAAAAUUGGAGUAAUAAUGAGACCGAUUGUUAUUGUCCGACUGUCAAGCACGAAAAAGCAUGUCUACCUAUGGGUCUCAUGGACGUUAACAAGUGCAUGAAACUACCUACGUUACUGUCAGAGCCUCAUUUUCUUCACGCCGAUCCCAAAAUAUUAGAUUACGUGCCUGAUUUGAAUCCAAAUGAGGAAUUUCAUUCGAGUUCUGUAUUGAUCGACACGCUUACUGGUAAACCUCUUCGUGGUCAUAAAAAAAUGCAAAUAAAUAUGAAGAUAUCACCGUAUCCGAUCGAAUUGCUUGCCAACGUCACCGAGGGUUACUUUCCGAUUAUUUGGAUAAGCGAGGUUUGA